AUGAAUUUCGGCUUGGUUUUCCAUAGGAUUUGGCAAAAGUUGCAUUGUUGGAGUCGUCAUUUGAAAAUCUUUGUACAUUUUUCGUUAAAAUUACUCAAAAAUUCGUCAUUUUCGAUGAAUGAGAUGAUUUGGACUCGAAGAGCAUACUGUGCAAUUUCGUUGCUCAAUUACUCAGCUGAUUUGAUUCUAAUCUCAUGGAUGUUUAGCCAACAACCCGUUUUUCUCGAUGUCCUUUUCUGCAUCUCCUCUGCCUUGAUUGGAAUCUCUAUAACAGGUUUAUAUCUGAAAAGACCAUCGGUUAUGCUUCCAGAUGUGAUUUAUAAGGUUGUCGUAUCUGCAUGUGCUCUUUUCAAUGCAAUUCUCGAAGCCGACAAUGGAACUUCUGGUGCUGCUCCACGGCUUCUGAUGGUCUUCAUCGCGCUAUUGUCUCAUAUUUACGAGAAUUAUUUCCUUUUCAAUGCAAUUGCUGCCUUCUACCGAGAACAAGAAGGCGUCGAAAACAGAAGACCUCCUCCGAGCUACAAUCUUUUUGCAAAAUCUCGUAAGCUUCGAAGAUUUUUCAAACUGUAUUCACCAUUAAAAAAUGAGUUUCAGUUCCAAAACCAACUGAAAGUAAUAGUCCUGCAUCUGCUCAAAAAUGUAAAACUUCUCAAAAUAAUGACAUGGAAAAUGGUGCAUCGACGAGCAGUGCUUCAGAAGAACCACCUCCAACUUACGAGUUUGCAAUGGAGAAAAUCAAAGAGAAAAACGAAAAAGAAGAGAAGAAUGUGCUGGAAAUUGUAUAGUCUUCUUGCUUUCCUUGUUUCAAGGAUCUAUUUAAAAAAGGGAGGAGCAUUCUUAAAGAUUCUAGAGAUUCUAAAAGAAUGCAGAUGA